AUGGCCAUGCUGAAGAAUGUGUAUGGCUCGGGCCUGCCGGCCCGCAUUCAGAUCGAGCGGCAGAUCCUUGAAAGGGUGGGACGCCUACCAGGCCUGCCCUCCUCUCGCAUCGGCCUCGACUCCAUGUCUGGGGCCCUGGACGACUUCUCAUUCGAGGAUUACCUUGGCUUGCCUGGUGACUCUGAGGUGGCACCCCCAGACCUUCACUCCCUCAUGGAGGCCCACCUCGGCAUGGCCAGAGUGACCAAGCCAGCCUCUCGCGCAUUUCUGUGA